CUUACAAAUGGAUCAACUCAUCAUUGAUACAUGGAGAUUUAUCAAUGAAAAGGACUGCAUCUACAAGCUGAGCGGUCUCUUUUGCAGCUUAGCAGCUUUCAUGCUUGAAAUACUUAUUGCAAGCACCUUAUCCUGGCGCCUAUGGGAAUUUGACAGCAAUGCUGUGCAGUUUGUGUCUUUUGACCUGUGGGAAGCAUAUUACCCUCAGCAGUUUAACAUCUCUGGAACACUAACCAAGAUGCUGGUAUACACCCCUAUUGAUUCAACUUGGAACAUUUCAACUGAAUUUAUGUAUGCACAGAACCUGAUAGUAUGGGCCAUUUUGAUGAAGACUGUGGUUCUGGUUUUCAGUGUAAUGGCCAUUAAAAUCAGCUGCAUGAAGAACCCACUAGUGGAGAUGCAGAUAUAUUGCUACAAGAUCUCUGCCUUAACUUUGUCUGUUAGCAGCAUGUUCACAUUUGUUUCUGUGAUCUGGAACCACGUGGUAGAUCUUUAUGGCCAAACCACUCUGGACUUUCCAUUUGAUUAUCCUGUUAAGAAAGAAGCUUUAAGAAGCAAACAUUUAACUGUUGUGUUACCAGUAGGCCUCCUUAUAGCCACCAUGUCACUCUUUGGUGUGAUCAUGUUUCUCUCUGAGAUAAGUGAUUUGAAACUACAGCGUCCUGUGAAGGCCAAUGAUAACUCCAAAAUGGGCCUUCUAGAUGAGUGA